UUUAUAACAAAAUUAAAAAAUGAAUGACCAAGAUCCUUGCUGGCCGUGCGACCAAGACGUAAUCGAGAAAUUCCCUCCCUGCCCCUUACAAUGCAGAUCUGAAAAAUGCAAGGCGUUUAAAAGAAUUUCCUUGGAAGGCAUACCAAUAGUAUGGGUGCUCGGUGGCCCAGGCUCGGGCAAAGGCACGCAGUGUCAGAAAAUCUUAAGCAAGUAUGGCUUCAUACUUUUAUUGCCUGAUGCGUUGGUUCACGAGGAGGUGAAGUCAGGGUCGGUGCGAGGAAAGUGCCUGUCUAAGAUUUUGGAGCGAAAUGACACAGCUCCAAGUGAUGUGAUCAUCGACCUGCUGAAAGACGCCAUCUACAAAAACGCCAGGGCCGCUAAGGGCUUCCUCCUUGACGGGUUCCCGAAAGAGAAGAGUCAAGCCGUCAUGUUUGAGAAAAGAAUUAGACCCUGCACGGUAAUAUUCUACCUCGAAGCAUCAUCAGACACCUUGACGAAGCGGAUCAUGAAACGCGAGCCCGCGAACGAGCAAGCAGUCAAACAGAGGGUGAAGGCGACGUUUGAAGUUGAUGAGCUGCUGUUGGCUGCGUACUCUGAUAAAGCGUUUAGAAUAAAUGCCGAGAAUGAUGCAGACACGAUGUUCCGCGAACUGUCAGAGAUCCUAGACUCAUUCGUCUCUAAGAACACUUAAGCCACUGUCUUACCAGAAUU